UAAUUUUUGUUUUUACCACUGCCUUGUGCCAGGCCGCGUUACGAUGAGCUUGCCCCUGAACCCCAAGCCCUUCCUGAUCGGGCUGACAGGGAAGCUGGUGAUGGUGAAGCUGAAGUGGGGGAUGGAGUACAAGGGCUACCUGGUGUCUGUCGACGACUACAUGAACAUGCAGCUUGCAGACACAGAAGAAUACAUAGAUGGUGCAUUGUCAGGACACCUUGGUGAAGUUUUGUUAAGAUGUAACAAUGUCCUGUACAUCAGAGGAGUAGAAGAAGAAGAUGGAGAAAUGAGAGAAUAAGUUUGUAUAUUUCUGGAAAAUAAAGAUCAGUUUUUCACCAAAAAAAAAAAAAAAAAAA